AUGGAAGAAACCGCCUCAUCGCGUCCGACGAACACCCCCGAGGGUUCCGUCGGAGCAGACGACCACAACCCGUCGAGCUCCGCGAAGAACCCUGCUCUCAAAGAUCGGCAGUGCCAAUACUGCCGCCAGGCUUUUACCUCCUCCUCCCUCGGCCGCCACCUCGAUCAAUUUAUGUUCAAGAAGAAACCCGAUGGCAUUCACGAUGUCGAGGAGAUUCGACGCAUCAGAAGUGAGAUCACGCGACGACAAGCUCGCACCUCGUCCGGCAGACGCGACACCCCCGAACGAACCCCAGGCAAACGUCAACAAGACUUGUUCGGUGCUGGAGACUCGGGCCCAAAGCCACGCGACGGCGCGUAUAGGAUGAUGUUCAACACCCCCACAUGGCAUGCGACCGGUGUCAUCAACGACAUCCCAAAUCCGAGCCAGGCGCAGGAGAACAGCUCCGCUCAUUCGCGCAUUACGCCUUCGCAGUCCCGAGCCGGUUCAUUCACCUUUACGGACAGGCACAGCUCGAGCAAUCCGGACACAAUGAGGGCGCUGGAAUUGGCUUUGCGCGAGGUGCUGGAUAACAUCAAGGCUGCAACCUCUCGAAUGCGCCCCCGACUCUCACCUUUCGAUUUUGACAUUCAGUCGCAAACCUUUCCCUCCCUUUGUCUGCAGCUUCUUCCACCUCCACCCAGCCUCUUCGCGACUAACCCAUUUCCAUCGCCGACUUCAUUUCCCCUUCAACCUCCGGGUGUUGAGCACCUCGAAAUAGUCCGGCAAGCUCUAUGUGCGAAGAUUGAACAAUGGCAAUCUGACCAGCUCUCCUCCGUCGAGUCUAGCUCUCACCCACACUCCGGCCGCCCAUCGACCUUCGGGCUUGACUCCAACAUGAUCAGCCGCAGCGCCCAACAACACGAAGACCUCAGCCUCCGCCACCUCGAACUCGCCUUCAAGCACUGGGCCACUAUGUCUCAGGAGGCGCGCAAAGAUUCUUGGCAACUCGAGAUUACGCGCGCUUUCGCCCGCGAACUGGACAAGCGCAAAUCCCUAGACGACCAACUCGCCCGCGUCCAACAGGAAGCCAACCAACUCCGCGCCCAGGUUGAACGGCUUGGUUCCUGCCAAUGGCCGAGGGAAUUUGCGCUCUUUCCCCCGGACACCCUACCUCUUCCGCGAGAUAUCGCCAGGGAAUUGGAUACGAAAGAAAGCCAGAUUUCGCCCUCCGCAUCGAGAUGGGACUACGAUAGUGUGGUCGCGAAAUGGAAGCGAGUCGUCAUGCACGAUAAGGGGAUGGGUCGUGUAGGGGUAGGCUACACAGGCUCCGUCCAACAGCAGCAACAGCAGGAUGAUGUCCGCCCAGCAGCAUCUUCCCAUUCGGAAACAAAACAGCAGCGCAGUACCACAACCACAACCGGCACGGGCGAUGACAGAUCAACAAACAGACUGCUACAUCCUCCGACGGGUACCUCUGCAUUGAGCCCCGACCCUUCCCCAACCAAUCCCGGCCCCACCACUGAAGCAAAACCCACAUCACCAUACAUGCAGCAGCAGCAGCAGCAGCAGCAGCAGCAGCAACAACAUCACCACCUCCACCACCACCACCACCAUGAUUCUUUGGCACGCAGCCCUGAAACAGGUCCCCAGGCGAAACGCCCCCGUCUGAUGAACGGGCAUCAUACGACGACAGCAGCAACAACGGCACCAUCCGUCACCGGACACAAUUCCUCACAAGGUCAUGUCCCUGGAUCUGGUUUACCUGCGCCAUCGUCUUCACCGACAGCAAGUGCUGGUGUUGGUAGCACAUCAAAUCAACACUCGACUGGCUCCUCCAACUCGUGGGCUACCGCGCACCAAUCAGCCGGUAUACCCUCCAACCCCACGGGUGCGAAUUCCGGUCCUUCCGCUCCGACUCUGCCUCCACCUUGCUCAGAGACGGCUUAACCGGCUGUAUUAGACAUCUGGCCUACCUUGUGUCAGUUUCCCAACCCAUUGGCGAGAAGCCGCGACGGACUCUCAAGAAGACGAAGCUCAUCCCAAGACCAAAGGAGCAAGGGGAUAUUUUUUAUUUCAUUCUCAUCAGUGACCGGGUCACAACAUAAUCAUUCAUCUAUCUAUCUCACUCUUGAAUCCAAAUGUAUCAGAUCUCGGCGCUGGAAAACAAAAUGUGGGAUUAACACGGCUACAUGAGUAUGAGUAUGAGUAUGAUCAAGAGGAAGAAAGCAAAACCGAAAUACUCUUUGCGAAGCGUGAUCGGUUAACUUGAG